CAAAUCAGAGUAAAACACCGUGCAUGACAGGAAGACGACAGAAAUCAUGCCUGUUCUGAGAACAGAGGCCCAAAUUCUAUUUAUUUAUUUGGCAAUAGUGGGAGUGAAUUUCUCAGAAACUAAAACCGUUUCUGGUCACGUAUAUGUCGACAACUAUUUUAAACUGUACGUAAACGGGGGAUUCAUAGCAGACGACACACUGUUUAAACCCCAGACCGCCACCGCCGUCAGCUUCGACGUGGGGGAUGGCGGAGAGAACGUGUUCGCCAUUUGGGCAGCGGACAACGCGGACAACCUGACAACUCUGGAGUACAAUGACACCCAAGUUGGAGACGGCGGGCUAAGGAUGGUCCUUGAUGACGGCACGGUGACCAGCUCAGCGUGGAAAUGUAAGACGUUCUUCAGGGGUCCAAUAGACCUGAACUGUACCUCGGGGCCGAAACCUUGGACCACUUGCCGUGGCGAGCACUUCACCAUGCCAGAGAACUGGUGGACCAAAAAUUUCACUACGGACGAUACCUGGGUCUCCGCCACCGAGUUCACGGACGAAGAGGUAGGGUGGGGGCGAGCGCCACGGGAAGGGGAGGGCAUCAACCCUCGGACCAUUUCUUGGGGUCAGUCCAGGUUCAUCUGGACAAGCUCCCUGCUGUAUGACAACACUGUCGUCUGCCGCUACACGACACCCGCGACACCUGGUGGCGGGACGUCACUGGGGACACGGCUUUCAGGGUUGACCUACGCUAUGGUGUUUUUGUCAUUGUUGAGAAAAUUAUUUUAACUUUCGAACUUUUGAGACAUCUAUCGAAGUUGCAGCGACCUGGACUGUUAGGAACUACGCUCUUUGUGACGGUUUAACCACCAUCGUAUGUAUUCAAGGCCGCAAAGUGUGAGGGUGUUAUGUGUAUUUUUCAACCUGAUCGUCAUUCUCUGGCUGCAUUAAAUCAACUUUGAUAGAAUGCUUUUCCAGGUCGAUAUAUUGCUGAGUUAUUCAUUCCGCGUGAUACACAUGUAACACACACAUGGUCGUCAUCUAUAGGACAUUAUAUGAAAAUGCAUGAAUAUUAGUGUGACAUUUAUGAUUACAUUUUUGCCAUUAUCUACAGUAAAAAAAGAUGCACCUACAAGUGUUUUUGUCUUUUCAGAUAUAAGGUUUUAUUGAAAUUCUUUUUGACAUUUAAAUAUUCUGUAGUAGCCUUAGCACUUGGAUAUUUGAUAUUGUUACUGAAUUUUAAGCCAUUGUACAUGUGAGUUUUAUUAAUGAU